GGUACAAUUCAAUUCAUUUCCUUCUCCUCUUUCUCUCUCUCAUCUCCAAACAAACAUCAUUUGCAUCAAUUUACCCUCCACCCAAAAAACCAAGCACCACUAGCUACUACCAAAGAAAGAAGAAAGAUAAUGUCUGGGGUUUGGGUUUUCAAGAACGGGGUGAUUCGUCUGGUGGAAAAUCCACAGGCUGAGACAUCUUCCAGGAAGAAGGCCUUGGUGCACUUGCCAAGUGGACAGGUGGUGUCGUCCUACUCGACGCUCGAGCAAAUAUUGACCGGAUUAGGGUGGGAGAGGUACUAUGGAGGCGACCCCGACCUCUUCCAAUUCCACAAGCGAUCUUCCAUUGACCUAAUCUCUCUUCCCAGAGACUUCUCCAAGUUCAACUCCGUUUACAUGUACGAUAUUGUCAUUAAAAACCCCAACAUCUUCCAUGUCCGAGACAUGUAGCUGUAUGCGAGUGACACAUGAUCAGUUGGUAUCCUACAGUUGUGUGAGUCUCAUUUGAUACGUUUAAUUUCCUUCUUUAUGUCAUCCUUAGUUGGUUCAGUGUUUGAUAUGUUUUGGGUUUAAUUUUAUUUGCUUGUAAUAAAGAGUACGUCUACAUGUUGUUUGUGUUAU